GAGAAGGAGGAGAAUAACUAGAUAUCUCAUUAGACAAAGCUAAAGCAAAGCCGCUCGCAACAAUGGCGCACUCGAAGGUCAUACUAAAGAUUCUGUUCUCGCUCUGCGUUUGGUCCUUUGUGAUCAUUGGCCUGUUCAAGAUGCACGGCACGAACCUGGUGCCGCAGGACUAUCGCCAGGUGCCGCAGGAGUACCAGCAGCUGCCGCUCAACGGCCGCAGCCUGCUCCAGAAGGAUAUGCUGCGCUAUGCGGAGACAACGUCCACCACCACGGAUCACUUUGAUCCCAGCGAGAUACUCGUCGACAAUCGCACAGCAAUGGACGAUGAUCAGCUGGUGCGCGACGUGGAGUCCAGAAUACCAUCGCUGCCAAUUGCCUACUGGAGCAAGAACAAGAACUUUCUGCAGCAAAAGUCCGCUACGUGCGCCAAAUACCCAUCGAUCUUUGAGCUGGAGUUCAACAACAUCUAUUGGCAAACGAUGCACACAUCGAACGGGACAUUUCAGCUCUUUGGCGCCUACUAUGACAUUCGGCGCGCCUCGCUGCUGGGGCCGACCGUGCGCAUUCUGGGCAUGAUCGAUCGCAUCGAGCCCAAGGUGAAGACCUACUGCCAGUUCUGGUUCGACGGCCAGAAGGAGCCGUUCAUUGUGAAGACAUUCGAGUACAAGUACAUCUGGUACAACAAGUGGGGCAACUACAAGCAGGGCAUCUAUCAGCCGUACCUGAUCGCCUGCCAGAUACCCAAGCCCUUCCACGGCGUGGUGCCCAGCUCCGUGUCGAUGGUGGAGAAGGAAUGCGACACGGCCACCAACAAUUUGCGCGUCAUCUACAAUCGGCCGCCUGACGAUCACAAGAAGGGUUUCGCCGUCUGUGUCAAGGGCCUGGACUUUCUGUACGACGAUCUGAGCGUGCGGCUAAUCGAGUGGAUCGAAAUGCUGAACAUCUUGGGCGCCGACAAAAUCUACUUUUAUAAUCUGCAAGUGCAUCCCAAUAUUACCAAGGUGCUCAACCACUACGAGCAGGAGGGCAAGGUGCAAGUGAUACCACUGACCUUGCCGGGCGGCCAGCCCAAUGUGCCCGGCUUCCAGCAUCUCUACCUGACGAAGAAGACCAACCACAAGCGACAGAACGAGGUCAUUCCGUACAAUGACUGCCUGUAUAAGAACCUCUAUUUGUACGACUAUAUAGCGCUGCUGGACAUCGACGAAGUGAUUAUGCCCAAGGGCAAUUCGAUUCUGUGGUCCGAGCUGAUGGACAAGGCUCGCCCGGAGUCGCUCAAAUUCAAGCCGGACGGCUAUCAUAGCUACAAUUUUCGCAAUGUCUACUUCCUGGACGAUCAGCAGCACGAGCACGGCUGGCACAAGGACAUACCCAAGUACAUGCACAUGCUGCAGCAUGUGCACCGUGCCAAGAACUACACGAAGCCCAAUCAGUAUGUGAAGUGCUUCCACGAUCCGGAACGUGUGCUCACGCUGCAUAAUCACUUUCCGCUGAGCUGCCUGGGCGGCGUGUGCAAAUCGUAUCCGGUGGAUACAGAGGAUGCACAGCUGCAGCACUACCGCGCCGACUGUGUGAAGACGCUGAAGAAGAGCUGCGAGGAGUAUCGCGAGAAUUCGGUCGAGGACAAGACCAUUUGGAAGUACAAGGACGAGCUAAUCCGACGCACCAUUAAGACGCUCGAGACGCUGGGCUUCUUCAGGCGCAGCGGCGGUCCUGGCUUUGGGGGCAGCAGCAGCGGACUUGGUGGUGGCGCCACAACGCAUUCCACGGAACGGUGAUUCGCGCUUCUCGGCGGCUGGUCAUGGCCCUGGCUGCCUGUGGCGCCCUACGUGGAUCCGGCGGCAGCUGGAGCGAUGGGCAACGAGGAGUUUUUCGUCUAGUGAGAAAGCAAAUCCGAAAGAGACAGACAGAGCGAGAGAGAGAGAGAGAGAGAGAGAGUGAGAGAUAUAGGGAGAGUGAGUUCCUUGCCGCAAUAGAAACCUUAAAAGCUACCGAGCCCGCAUCUGAACUCAAAUCCAAAACUAGAACCCGUCCCCCCCUAGCCUAGUCUAGCCCAGAGCUCGAUUUGGUCUUUUUGUGUAUUAUAGAAAAGUUUUAUCAUUUUCAUUUUUGUAUUCUGUAUUCUGUAUUUUUUUUACCAAUAAUUUGAUAGUAUUCUGUACUUUAUAGUUGCCCCUAAUAUACGAAUGUAUAUUUCGUUAGUCUAUAUUAUACGGUUAUUUUUGAUAUAUGUAUGCCCUUAUCAACUAUUUACAUAUGCCCUAUCAAAUAGCACCCACACAUAUAUAUACACACACACUUUCGUAUGGCUAGUGUACAAAAAACAAAGAAAAAAAAAAAACAAAAAAAAAAAAAAGGAAAACACUUUUGAAAUCGUGCCUUGAACUUUAAAUUGUAGUGUAUAGGGUUUUACAGCAGCGGCUCGCCACGACCUAAGCACUUGACUAUAUAUACAUAUAUAUAAACACACACACACACAUACACAUAUAAAUGUAUAUGCUAUCUAUAUAUAUAUAUAUAUAUAUAUGUAUCUACAUAUAUGUAUGUAGCUGCUUAUUGGGAAGUGGCCCAACAAAAACACAUCUAUUUACUCCUUAUUCACAAAAGACGUUACAAAUCAUAAGUCCAAUGGCUAAAUUGGUGACAAAAUCACAUUAGACAACAACAAAGUAAGCAUAAAAAAAUAUAUAAUGAAACUAUGUUAAGUUCAAGACUGAUGAUGUUUAUAAAUAAUUAGAUACAAUUGCGAGAAGCUUUUGA